AUGUUUCAAAAUUGCAGUGACAGCAAACAGAAUUGUCAUUACGGUGUUGUGAUGUGUCUUAGUUGGAAAAAUCGCGGAAAAUCUGUGUGAAAAAUUGUGCAAAAGUGUUAAAAGUUUGUGGAAAAAGGACUUAAAAGUGUGCCCAAUAAGCUUUUGGUGAAGUCACCGUGUGGCAAGGUCAGGAAAAGCGCUGCCCAUUGCCUAAAUAACAUCUCUACGCCAAAAGCUGUGAGGAAAAUUCUGCGCAUUGGCCAAGUACGUCAUAUUCGAAGUGGAAUUGGUGAAAAGUGGUGGAAAAACAGCAGGAAAAAGGGCAUUUUAUUGGAGGCGCAGAGAUUUGCGUUGCGCUGGUGGUUGUUGCGAAAAUUGGGGUCGACUCCACACGUCAGGGACAGCGGUCCAUCUCACUCAAACACACACAGCCAGAGAUUGGGGCGUGAGAGAGGCAGCUGGUAGCUCUGGCAGGAGUCUCCGGCGCAGGGGCUGGCGAAUUGAUCUCACUGGGACGUGGCAGGAGUAGGGAGAAAGACUGCUGUAUACCUCGCGCCAACUACCCCUUAUUCCUCCCUUUGUGUGUGUGUGGAAAAUUCUUGGCCGAGUGAAAGCCCGCACAGCCCGACAUUGCAGUGUUCGUGGUGAUUCUAAAGCGUUCUUAUCAUGUCCCACUUCCGUGUUAGCGACGGACUCAUCAUCAUCAGUUGUUGACCGUCAGACCUGGAGAGACAGACAUCUCCCGCCCGUGCGGACAGUGCUCUGGCCCUUCCUGGGCGUCUGUGAGACAGUCUUAUCUCGUUGUGAAUAGUGCUUUUUUCCAGCACAUUUCUUUUACCAUCCUUGGUUCUUUCUGUUCAUCUCUGCCCUCCGACGCACCAUCACCAGCAUUUUUGCUUCGCGAGUGGCCCCCUUCUGUGGCCCAAAUUCCAUCACAAUCACCAGUUUUUCCGGACAAGAAAUAAAAAAAAACGACCAGAAAAACCACACACUGCAGAUAUGAUGUCUUCUAGUCACAUCUGAGUAAGAAGGUGCUGUAUAAAUUACCCAUUUUCCACCACAAUCGAUUUUCCUUGGGGGUGGAUAGUGUGUGAGGACCCCCUUGGGCGGAAGUGAGCAAAAAACGGCAUUUCUCUCUGCAGAUACACAAAACUGCACUUAAGUGAACGGUUUUUUUUUCCUGAACUAAAUAGAGACUCUAGUCCAAUUUUCUUGGCACCAUGAAGAAAUUUACGUUUAAAGGUGUCCUCGAUGGAUUUCGAUCCACUGUGCAGCAGCAGAGUAAGCCUGAGCAGGAGAUUCAAGAGUCGCUGCGUCCUGAACACUUCCAGAUGAAGAGGACUUUCCGCCAUGGAUUUCCUCAUGCUCCAACAUCCCUUGCUUAUGAUCCUGUGCAAAAGUUGCUGGUGAUUGGAGACAAAACUGGAGCACUGCGAUUACUCGGAAAGCCAGGAGUGGAUGUAUAUGUACGGCACGAGGGUGAUUCUGCAUGUGCAGUGACUAACAUAGAAUUCCUAGUGAACGAAGGUGCUUUUGUAACUUCCACUGCUGAUGACUCCCUACAUUUAUGGAAUUUUCGCCAAAAGAGUCCUCAAGUAGUACAAAGCUUAAAGUUUCAGCGAGAAAGGAUUACAUGUCUCCAUUUACCUGUCGCGAGCAAAUGGCUGUACGUGGGAACGGAAAAGGGGAACAUUCACGUUGUGCACAUUGAAUCGUUUGCACUGAGUGGCUACGUUAUCAAUUGGAAUAAAGCCAUUGAAAUUGUACGGACAACGCAUCCUGGUUCUGUUGUUCAGUUAUGCGAUAAUCCAUUGGAUGCUAAUAAAUUGCUAAUUGCAUAUGAGUCAGGACUAAUAGUAUUAUGGGACAUGCGGGGUAAAUUUGCUGAACUUCGAUGGCAAUCAACUGAACCUCUCAGAUCUGUUUCGUGGCAUCAUGAAGGGAAGCAUAUUGUGUCUUCUCAUACGGAUGGAUCACUCUGUACGUGGCCUUUAAGAGCAACACCAAAGCCUCAAUUCCACUCAUAUCCACAUGCAAAAACGACGAAAGAAGGCAAAUUAGAAUCCUGCAAACCUAUACAUAAGGUGGAACUGAAAACAUCAAAGACAGGGGAAACUUUCACAAUAUUCUCGGGGGGUCUAUCGAUGGAAAAGGGCGGAAAGUCACCGUGUAUCACAGUGCUUCAAGGCAAGGCGACCACAGUCCUGGAGAUGGAACAUCCUGUGGUGGAUUUUAUAACGAUAUGCGAAAGUCCAUGGGCUAGUGAUAUGCAAGAACCUUAUGCAAUAGCUGUGCUGUUACAAAAUGAUUUAGUUUUAAUAGAUUUAUUGACUCCCGGUUUUCCAUGUUUUGAAUCGCCUUACCCUAUGGACCUUCAUGAAUCACCAGUUACAUGUUGCACUUAUUUAUCAGAUUGUCCUUCGGAUCUAGUUCCAGCAUUUUAUUCGGUUGGCCGAAACCCAGGAUGUAGGCGAACUGGAUUCUCGGAUAGAGAAUGGCCACUGUCGGGUGGAGAGUGGGCACCGGCAUCGUGUAGCUACUCAGAAAUAAUUAUUACGGGCCAUCAAGAUGGUUCAAUUAAAUUCUGGGACGCUAGUGCAGGAACUUUACAAAUUUUAUACAAACUGAAAACGGCCAAAAUAUUUGAAAGACCACGAACAAAGUCAGUCGAUGGAUCCGAUGAAGACCCAUUAGCUAUUCAAUUAAUAACACUCUGUGCAGAAUCAAGGAGGUUGUGUGUAGCCGGUGCCAGUGGACAUGUGAUACUAUUUAAAUUUAGAAAGAUGGAAAGCACAGCAGAUAUUCUGGUUUUGGAGAUUCCUAUAACGUUUGAGAAUUUCGAAGAAGGUGAAGGUAGUCCUGACUACGAGUUUAUUCCUCGACCACUGCCCAAGCAGGGUGAAUCAUCGGAUGUGGAGCGGAAAAAUGAUGGUAUGCUGCGGGUGAGACAAGGACCACAGCGAAAGCCACCAGGAUUUCAAGCACAACUUGUAUGCCUCACGCCUUGGACAAAUAGCAGUCAUCCAGGACAAAUUACAGCUGUGGCGAUAAAUUCAAACUAUGGACUAAUGGCUUAUGGGAAUGAGUAUGGACUUGUGAUUGUAGAUUAUGUACAGAAAAUAUGUCUUCUCAACGUGGCAAGUCCGGACUUGUAUGGGGCACAAGAUCCAUAUUCACGAGCGCCACGUAGUCCAAAACGUGUGGAUCCGGCUGGAUAUAGAGAUGAACAGACCAGAUCACCAAGUAUAGAUCAGUUACCUGACUUGUCGAGUAGUCCACAAAAGACACCAUCAAUGAUGCCAUCGUCAUUACCCUUGGAGGGUAGCCAGAAUUCCUCGAGAGCACCAUCACCAGCCAAUGAAGCCCUUGAGGUAGGAGCUGUGCCAAUUGAUGAGUCAGUGACGCCAGAGGAUGUAGGCAAGGGUGGUCCUGACAGUGGGCAACAGAGACGAAAGUCAUCAUCAUGGAAAGCAUUUAAUAUCAAGCGGCAAUUGAGCAAGGUUGAUACGAAAAUACGUAGUACCUUUGGCACGAGUGAUCCAUCAGGUGGUGGCAAGAGGGGUUCGGUAUUCUAUUGUGGUGCUACAGAAGGUCUUCCACUCUCACCUGUCGAAAUAUCACCAGACAGUGACCCAAAGUCUACAUCGACGGACACGGAACAAGAUAAAUCUGAUUUUGUGGAGCAAAUUGAAUCGGAAAUUGUUCAGAGUCUCGAUGAAAUGACUAAUCAGAGAUCUGUUGACACUGUUGAGAAAGAUGUUGAGCGACACCAUGAAGUAUUGAGAACAACAUCCCCAUGUCCAGGAAUUGCUCAAAGUGUACCAAAAAGUAUCUUACAGCAAACCGAAUCGAAUUCUAUGCGGGAUCAGAAGCGUGUUGAAUUUAUCGAGGAGCCCGUCCAAAGAAUCACUCUGGUUUCUCCAUCUGAAGGUGCUCGUGUAUCUAGGCCAUCGGAUUUACCCCUUUUCCCAGAUGGUGGUGAUCUGGAUCGGCCUAUAGCACCACCACGUGGUAAAAAAAAGGAAAAACAGAGACUCCUUUCUGUGCCAAAUAUCAAAUACAUUAAACCUGAAAGUAGUACCCAGCAUUUUAAGGAUCUUAGGGGAAGGGCUACAGCUAAUGUUGGAAGUCGUGGUCAUGAAACUGGAUCAGCAUCAGGAUCCUCAUUUGCUGGCAAUUUAAUGAGGCGUUUCAGCCGAGUAGAUAAAUUGGAUAGUUCAUUUUCCCGAUCACGCUCUUCGUCGAUGUCUAGUUUAGAAAAUAUAUCUUCCGAGGCUGUUCAAUGUCUAGCAUUCGCAGAUAGUUAUACAAAAAAGAGUGAUCCGUCAACUUUGCAACCCACUUUAUGGAUUGGUACAAGUCUUGGAUCAGUCCUCACAAUUUCAAUCACACUCCCGGACACCGAUAACCGAAAAACCAAUCCUGUGGUUGUCUCAAUUUUGGGAGGACCUAUCUUUCGACUAAAGGGUGCCAUUCUAUCUAUGUCGUUCCUGGAUUACAAUGGGGCUCUUGUACCUUAUACUUAUGAAGCAUGGAAGGAUGAAAAGCAAUCAGAGAAAAGAGACAAUAUUGUAUCUUUUGCAGGAACACCCACGAAAAAUCCCAAUCGGAUGAGUCCAACACUAUCUGGCAAUCAGGACUCUUUCAGUGAUCGGCAAUUUAUUGUGAUUACCAGUGAAAAGCAGGCACGCGUCGUGGCACUUCCAAGUCAAAAUUGUGUCUACCGACAACAAAUUGCAGAUACUGAUUAUGUGAUUAAGGCAGAGAUUAUUAGUUUUAAGGAUAGCGUUUGUUUAGUUUGCUACUUGUCGACUGGCCACCUUAUGGCAUUCAGUUUACCCAGUCUUCGUCCACUCAUGGACGUGGAUUUUCUUCCAUUGGCUGAUUUGAGCUUUCAGACAAAAUGUAAGCAAGGAAUUGUAGAUCCAAUGCUCUCAAUAUGGGGUCAGCAACUAAUUGUCCACGAGGAUACUAACCAGAUUUCCAAGGCAUUCUGCUUUAGCAAUAAAGGUCAUGGGUUGUAUUUGGCAACACCCACCGAGUUGCAGAAAUUCACUCUGUGUGUUGACUUUUGUAUUCAAUUCACAAAUGAGAUGAUGUGUGAGCUGUUCCAGGCCCAUGAUAUGCCUGAACCACCUAAAGAGAGCUUCUUCAAGGGUUUAUUUGGAGGUGGAUCUCGUAGUCUGGAUCGCGAAGAAUUAUUUGGAGAGUCGAGCGGGAAAGCAAACCGUUCAGUGGCAAAACACAUUCCGGGACCGAGUGCCAACUUGGAGGCAUUGGGGGCGCGCGCUAGUACGGCCACAUCAGAAAUUAGUCGCGCCCAUCAAUUGGCCAUGGAGAGAGGUGAAAAGUUGAGUCAGUUGGAGGAUAGGACGGAAAGGAUGGCCAACCAAGCACAAGAAUUUAGUGGCACCGCACAUUCUCUUAUGCUAAAGUACAAGGAUAAGAAGUGGUAUCAAUUAUAAGGAAAAUAACACAUGUACCAUUAAGUGCAACAAUUUGCUCCAUUGAAGCAUUUGCAAGAUAACAAAAUAGUAAAAAAAAAAAAAGUUGUUCAACUAUUUUUCUCUUUGGAGUAUAUUCAUUUGAUAUAACCAAGUACACAAAAACAGAGAAAAAGUGGAUGAUAUAUCAAUAAAAUUGUUAUAUAUGCUCUCGAUUUUUGCAAA